AAGGAUUCUCUCCUUCAGGACUCGCCCUCCACGCACCUAUCUGCUUUGAGCGUUACUUUUCCCCCCUUUGCGUCGUGCCGGUCAUCUGUGCGGCUCGCCUUCCUCGGCGACAGCACCCUCAGCGUCGGCCGUGGCCACGACGGGAGCUGCGCUGCAGUGCUCCCUCCGUCCCUCCGCCCUUCCCCUCGCCCUUCCAGACCGCCUUUCCUUCGGGGGCAGGCCCGGCCCAGCACACAGCUACGACUUCCAGGGCGCGCUCACCCGGCACGGACACGGCAGACAGGCAGCCACCACUGCGCAGUCUCUCAUCAGUGCUCAGCCGUUUGUGUGCUGCCUCUGGUAGCCUCUGCGUGGGGUCGUGUGUACUGCCGGACUGCAGCAGAAGGGGAAAGACGCUUUUCCUGUUCAGUGUUUGUGCGCCUCUGGGCUUUUAAGUUCUUUACUGUUUGUGACGGUCGUCUCGACGGCGGUCACUUCAGCACGGCAGAAACGCCUGCACUCACUGGAUGGGACCGGGUUUCAUCUCUCGCUCACGGGUACGAUGCUUUGGAACUGGAACUGGACCUGGAAAGAGGAAAGGGAAGCACCGAUCGAAACGGAGCUCCACCUUGCCGGCCAGUCAGCCAACCAAGCAACCAUCCGGCCAUUCUUCAUCCCUCACCCAACGGCCAUCCAAGGCUCGCCAUCGAGAAGCUGGGAGCGCGAGGGGCGGUCACGGGCGUGAGAGGAUUGCGGAGUGAGGGCAACCCGCCGUUUGGCUGCACGCCCCGACUGCUUGCACGCCCCGACUGCGCGCUACGACUGGCCACUGGCUCUACCUAUCACACGCAGCGCGACACCUUGCUGCCUCCACCUCUAGCGCGCCCCCUCCUGUGCUGGACUGGCCCCAAACCCCCCCAAGCGCCUUCCCUUCUCAUCUUUUCUUUCCAGCCUCCCGGUCACCCACUCAAACCCUUAAACUGUCACUGCCCUUUUCCUCUUUCCGGCCCUCUCUAACCACAUUCAUCCACCAUCAGGCACAGCCUUUCGUACUGUCGCAGGUAAAUUCCAUCUGCUUGCGACCUCUCCGUCGCCUCAUUCGUCGCGUCGCUUCUUGCUGGUCCGUUCUCUGCUCGCUUUCCCGUCCUGCAAAUCGCCCUUCUCGCUCCGUUGCCGAAGCACAUCCCCACCUUCAGCAUCUGCUGACGACCGCAUACAGUUAAAGUCAAAUAAACACCAAUUUCCUAAUUCGUACAGCAUCGAGAGCACUUGUCUCUUCCGCUCCACAAUGGCCACCGAGAUAACCGAGCAUGAUCCCAAUGCCUCGCCCAGUCAUGACGACCAGAACGGCAACAACGGCGUGGAUGCAGCCUCGCGCGGUGUGAAGCGACCACGCGGAGCAGCGGCCGACGACGACGAUGAUGACGAAGAUAAGCCAGGUCGUGAGCGUCGCAAGAUCGAGAUCAAGUUCAUUCAGGACAAAUCGAGGCGGCACAUCACCUUCUCGAAGCGCAAAGCCGGUAUCAUGAAGAAGGCUUACGAGUUGUCCGUCCUCACCGGCACCCAAGUUUUGCUGCUCGUCGUCUCCGAAACUGGUUUGGUCUACACAUUCACGACGCCAAAGCUACAGCCUUUGGUCACGAAGCCAGAGGGCAAAAAUCUCAUCCAGGCAUGCUUGAACGCGCCCGAGCCACAAGGCAAUGACGCGAACGGCAUCGACGACGGUGCUCCUGUAGAGUCGCCUGAUGACAACGCUCACAACCAAGUUCAGCGCGGCGCGAUGCCGCCUCAGGGCGGUUUGCCGUACGGUGGUGGCAACAUGGCCCAGCAGCCCAUGACACCGGAACAGGCCAUGCAGUAUCAGAACUAUCUUUCAGGACAGAACCAAUAUCCUCCCAUGCCUCACAACCAGAUGCCUGGCCAUCGUCAACAAUAGACGCUGACCUACGCAUCUCCCAGAUAAAGAUCGACAGGCAUGGUGCAUCCAACCAACGCACAUUCUGCGUUUGAACCAAUGAUUCAAAGACUUAUGGCCAUGUUUUCUUUUUUUUUUUUCGCAGUCAUACCUACGUUCCUCAGAAUUACUUGGGCAAAUGCGGGUUGAUGAAGGGUCGGGGAGAUGACACUGGUCUGCGCAGAACUGAAAAAGAUACCCGAACCCCAGAAUGCGAAGUGAGCGCAGUCUUUCUCCUCCCUGAUCUCCGGCGGCAGCAGAGAGAGCAGGGAAAUAUGGGGGGCUCUCUCAAUUUUUCGCAUCGGGCGUCCUCUUGCUUUUUUACCUUUUCCAACUGUUCAUUGUCUACAUAAUUGCGCUUCCUGAACUCAAAUCUCCUUUUGCCUCCUUUUAUCGAAAUUUCCACAAACGCGUCCUUUAUCAUCAAAUAAGCAUGGGGAGAAGCGCAUUCAUCUGUGCUGCAUUUUCAUAAUAUGUCGUUGUGGAUCCGAGGAUCUGGAGCGGAGAAUGUGCGUUUGGUUGCCGUCUAGGAGUUUUGAAAUGAGCCGAAUGGAGUAUCGAUAUGGCAACGGGAUUUUCAUAUUGCAUGCUGCUCUUGAUAUCUUUACGAGUUUAAUCAUGCCGUUCCCUUGUCUAUAUGUGACGUUCAUCUACAUAACAAAUCCCUGCUCUCUGUUUCCGUGUGGAGCCAGCCUAGCUACAAAAGCUUCAG